UUAGGAAAAUGGCGGCGCCCUGCUGUAGUGUGCCGGGCUUCUGGAAUCGGGGUAGGAGUAAGCAUUUAGGGAGUCUCUUCACGCUCAUCUCUAAGACAUUUUGUUCCACGACUACUGCCUCGAGGCCUCUGAGUGCCCAGAGCUUAGCGGAGAAGCUUCGAGCCCAGAAACAGGAACAAAAGCAGCAAAAGCUGGCGGUGCCCACAAACCCUGUUCAGCGGAGGGUGCAAGAGCUAGUGCGAUUCACGCAGCAGCUGCAGCGAGUUCAUCCCAACGUGCUUGCUAAGGCACUGACUCGCGGGAUUCUCUACCAAGACAAAGAUCUUGUGGUCAUCAAUAAGCCUUAUGGUCUCCCUGUUCACGGUGGCCCUGGGGUCCAACUCUGCAUCAGUGAAGUGCUGCCCAUCCUGGCAAAGAUGCUUCAUGGCCACAAGGCAGAGCCCUUGCAUCUAUGCCACCGGCUGGACAAGGAAACCACAGGUGUAAUGGUUUUGGCUUGGGAGAAGGAAGUGGCACAUCAGGUUCAAGAGUUGUUUAGAACCCGUCAGGUGGUGAAGAAGUACUGGGCCAUCACAGUGCAAGUCCCUGUGCCAUCUGCAGGAGUGGUAGAUAUCCCCAUCAUUGAGAAGGAGGCGCAAGGCCAGCAGCAUCACCACAAGAUGACUCUGGCCCCAACCUACCGUAUGGACAAUGGGAAAAUGGUGAAAGUGCGGGCCAGCCGGAAUGCCCACAUCGCUGUCACACAGUACCGGGUCCUGAGCAGCACUCUGUCCUCGGCCCUCCUGGAAUUGCAGCCCAUUACUGGAAUAAAGCAUCAACUUCGAGUUCACCUGUCAUUUGGCCUGGAUUGCCCAAUCCUUGGCGAUCACAAGUACUCCGACUGGAAUAAGCUGGCCCCUCAGAAGCUUUCUGCUGGCACCCUGAAGAAGCUGGGGCUGCAGCAGUCGAAGGCCCGCCACAUUCCCCUUCACCUGCAUGCCCGGCAGCUGGUCCUGCCUGCUCUGGGGUCCAGGACAGAGGAACUGGACUUGGUUUGCAAGCCUCCUCACUUCUUUGUACGUUCUGUGCGCCGUCUGGGUUUAGUGAUGCCAAGCAAGGACCAAAGCGGAGACACCCAGGCUGGACAGCCAGCCCAGUGAAGACCGGGGAGCCGCUUGACCCAGAACACUUCUUUGCUUCGUUUAAUGGAACUAACUUCCUGCUUGAAAUAGACUCCAGAGGAGCCAUGUGGAUAAGUUGAGGAAACUCCAUCGCUUCGGAUCUGAGCGUUUGACCACACUAUGGAAAGGUCUACUGGAAGUCUCCCUGCCAUACAGUAUCUUUACCAAGAUGGAAGAAAGCCGAAGGCCAGGCAGACUGGGGAGGAGUGAAGAACAGAGUCAGGUCAAGAGCUGUUUCCAUCCAACAGCAAAGCUCAUGAGCUAUUAGGAAGGCUCCUGUAGCUGGAAACAACUCAUUAUGGUGAAACACAUGGAAUUCAAGGAUUCUGUUGGAACUAGAACGUGGGUGCCAUACUGCACAGGUGGUGAAGAAGCCUGGGAAGGGGGUGCAGGGAUAGAGGUUGGGGUAUCCGAUAAGGAAGGGAAGCAGAGGGAACUUCCAGCUAGGUAACAGCAGUGAAGCUGAGUGAAGCUGGUGGGGUGUAAGGCAUGGUGGGGACACAAUAAACCAAGGAGCGCGCUCACGCACGCGCGCGCACACACACACACACACACACACACACUUCAAGUGAUUGUUAGCACCAGCUGGUGUUUGCCAUGUGGGGAAUGGCUUUCUAAUUUUAUAUUUUUCAAAGACCCGGAAUCAGAAUCAAUUUUUUAUUUUUUCAAAAAACCUAGGAAUAUCUACCAGCCUGUUAUCAAUUAAAUCAAAAUUUGGAGAGACCCGAGGCAGCCACACAGAUUGCUGAGCUGGAUUUGGCCAGCAGGUUUCAGGUUUCUGAUUCGCAGUGUGGUUUAGUACGUGAUGUGGCAUUCUGGGCAGGAUACCACCUUGGAAGGUGUAGGUCAGUGGUUGGCAUUUGUGCUGCGUGUCGUGUUUUUCCCACGUGAGGGGAGGGCUUUGAUUGGUUCACAAACGUGGUUAUAAAGGUGCCGCCAUUAAAAAGAAAGUCUGUUUUGGAAACGGCCUCCUUGUUCUUGCGUUAUUUUCCUAGAUGGCUCUGCUCAACACCACUGAUACUGGACAUGAAGUGGGCCAAGGUGGCCCUGGGCCUCCUACUCAGUUGACCCAUCCAGCUUCCAUCCUGGUUCUUACAGACAAUUCAGUCUUACACACAAAGACACCUUACACUGCUCUGGGCUGAGUUGAAAGUUAGAGUAGCUGUACAGUCAGGGAAAGGCCUCAACACAGCCUUUAUACAUCCAUCCCUUCUCUACCCAAAGGACCCUUAUCUGUUGUUCCUCAUUCCAUGGGUUCACCUACCUGUGGUCAACCACAGUCUGAGAAUAGUAAACAGAACAUUCCAGAAAAAAUUCGGAAGUUUUCAGUUAUACUCCAUUCUGUGUAGUGUGAUAAAAUCUUGCACUCUCCUGCUCCAUGCCACCAGGGUUUUGAAGUGUCCCCUGUCUAGUGUCCCCAU